AUGGGACUCGGGAGGAGAGGGUUGGGUUUGGCCAGCGGCGGAGUGAUAGAGCGUGUCAGGCAACGGGAUGGAGGAAUCGAAGGGAUCGAAGGGAUCAAAGGGAUCGAAGGAUGGAAUCAGGCGUGUUGUUGUGCAACGGAAGAGAAAGAAAUAGCUGCGAGAGGGCUGGCUUGGGCUGGAAACGCUACUGGGCGUGGUGGCUUGUGCCCAGCGAACUGCGAGGCCAACUGUGCAGCCUUGUCAAGUGUUCAGCCAGGAACGCGAGUUAGUUAUGAGGAUUUGCGGUCCGCUCUCUUGUCUAGUUUCUGGAUAAUCAAACCUGGAAGAAAGAAUCGCCAGGACGUCACGGGGAGACUGAGGGUAAACAGGCAGACACCGAGCAUCGGCACAACGCCCAAGGACAGGAACCGGGUCAGGGGCAAGGGGAAAGCUGGGGAAGUAUAG